CCCGUUCCCCAUCUCCUACAAAUCGCCCGGGGUCACCUGCUCUCAUCUCCUUGCACGACAAAAGCUUGCAAACUCUUACCCCACACACACACACACAAAUACACAAAUCAUCAUGGGGAGAUUGAGCCUUUGCUUGGCAUUGUUGCUUUGCCUCGCCAUCUCUGUGGCCGAUGCUCAGAGCGGCAUCAAUGUGAGGGCGACAUACCACUACUACAACCCCGCGCAGAACGGAUGGAACCUGAACGCCGUCAGCGCGUAUUGCUCGACAUGGGACGCGAACAAGCCGCUGGCUUGGCGGCAGAAGUACGGGUGGAUCGCCUUCUGUGCCCCGGCCGGGCCUCACGGGCAACAGGCUUGUGGCAAGUGCUUGAGGAUCACGAACACCAGGACCAAAGCUCAAGUUACCGCGAGGAUCGUCGACCAGUGCAGCAACGGAGGGCUCGAUCUGGAUUACAACACCGUCUUCCAUCCACUGGAUACCGACGGACAAGGAUAUAAGCAAGGAUACCUCACCGUGAACUACGAGACCGUCAACUGCGGCGACUGAACGUUUGGCACGUUCGUGCCCAGAAAUAAUAAGACCUUGCUGAGAAAUAAAUGAUCACUUCUUCUGUAAUAGAAGUUGAUAUUGCGAAAUAAUAAACGAAUUAUCAUUUG